AUGUGUGUGUGUGGGGGGACAUACAUUGGCUCUAUCCUGGUGGCGGUUAACCCGUGUGUGUGUGUGGGUGGGUUGUAUGACGCCUCCGCGGUCGAGCUCUACAGCAGCGGAGGAAGGGACCCCCCCCCUCAUAUAUACGCCCUGGCCAACCAGACCUACCGGGCGCUAUGGCAACGCCACGACAACCAGUGUGUGCUCAUCAGCGGAGAGAGUGGAGCAGGGAAGACGGAGAGCACUAAGCUCAUUCUGCGUUUCCUGUCGGCCAUGAGUCAGAGGUCUCAACACACAACCAGCCACGUGGAGGACGCCAUCCUGGAGAGCAGUCCUAUCCUAGAGGCCUUUGGGAACGCACGAACUGCUCACAACAGCAACUCAUCCCGCUUCGGCAAGUUCAUCCAACUGCAUUUCAGUUACCGUGGAAACAUCCUGAGCGGCCAGAUCACACACUACCUGCUGGAAAAGAAUCGAGUAGUACGGCAGAAUCCGGGAGAGAGAAACUACCACAUCUUUUACGCUUUACUAGCAGGAGCUAACACGGAACAAAGAGAGUCCUUGUAUCUCUCCUCUGUGGAGAGUUAUCAGUACCUCAGCCAGUCAGGCUGUGUCAAAGACAACACCAUCAACGACAGACUCACCUUUCAGGAAGUUCUGAGCGGUCUGAACACACUCCAGCUCUCUGAGGGGUGUGUUGAGAGUGUUCUGCGUGUGCUCUCGGCUGUUCUGCUCACCGGCAACAUUCAGUUCCUAACAGCAGGGGGCGCUCAAGUCAGCACCAAUACAGUUCUAGGUCAGCUGGCGGACAUGUUGUGUGUGGACACAUCUCUGCUGUCUGAGGUUCUCACUCAGAGAUCCAUGGUGCUGAGGGGCGAACUGAUCAGCACUCCACUAACAACAGAACAGGCUGAGGACUCGCGUGAUUCGUUGGCGAUGGCGCUGUAUUCGCGGCUUUUUGACUGGAUCCUUCGGCGUCUCAACAAGCGUAUCCAUGGAGACAGCAGCUUCCUCUCCAUCAGCAUCCUGGACAUCUUUGGCUUUGAGAACUUUCCGGUGAAUCGCUUCGAGCAGUUCAACAUUAACUACGCCAAUGAGAAACUGCAGGAAUAUUUCAACAAACACAUCUUCUGCCUGGAGCAGUUGGAGUACAGCAAGGAGGGUCUGGAGUGGGAGGACGUCAGCUGGAUGGACAAUGGAGAAUGUCUCGAUCUGAUAGAGACGAGGCUUGGUCUACUGGCUUUAUUAAAUGAAGAGAGUCACUUCCCCAAAGCCACCGACGCCACUCUACUGGAGAAGCUCCACUCACAGCACUCAAGGAACUCAUUUUAUGUGAAGCCCCGGAUGGCCACACACCAGUUUGGAGUCAGACACUACGCUGGAGAGGUGCUGUAUGAGGUGACGGGGUUUUUGGAGAAAAACAGAGACACCUUCAGAGAUGACCUCCUAAAUCUUCUCAAAGAAAGCAGGUCAGAUUUUGUGUACGAGUUGUUUGAGCGAGUUCCUUGUCAGAAUGUGGAGACUCUACGAAGUUCCAAACAUGGCCGACUAACAGUCAGCCUCCAGUUUAAGAAUUCUCUCCAUUCCUUGAUGAGCACUCUGAGCUGCUGCAACCCUUUCUUUGUGAGAUGCAUCAAACCCAACAACAACAAGAUGCCGGGGCAAUUUGAUUGGCAGUUGGUGCUGCGGCAGCUUCGUUACUCAGGGAUGCUGGAGACCGUACGCAUCAGGAGACAAGGGUUCCCCAUCAGGAGCAGUCUCCAGGACUUCUGCUCCAGGUACCGGAUGCUUCUGAAGGGGCGGGGCUUGCAGCCAGAUGGUGUGAAGGGGCGGUGCCUGCAGUUACUCCACGCGUAUGACAGCGGUGAAUCUGAUUGGCAGAUUGGGAAGACCAAGGUUUUUCUCAGAGAGUGUUUGGAGGCUGUGUUAGAGAGGCAGAGGGACGCUGAGAUUCUUAAAGCAGCAACUCUCAUCCAGGCCCAUGUGUUAGGAUACUUACAGAGGAAACAGUUUUGUCGGCUGCUGCAAUGCAUCGUGGUCCUUCAGAAGAGCUUCAGAGCAUUGCUAUGGCGACAGCGCUACCGGAGGGUACGCUGGGCCACGGUGGUCUUCCAGAAGGUUCUCAAGGGUCAGAGAGCACGCUGCACGUACAGGCGUCUGCUAGAAGAGAGGAGGAGAGAGGAGAAGAGAGGAGAAGAGAGGAGGAGAGAGGAGGAGAGGCGAGAAGAGAGGAGGAGAGAGGAGGAGAGAGGAGAAGAGAGGAGGAGAGAGGAGGAGAGGCGAGAAGAGGAGAGAACAAGAGAGGCUUCGGCCGCGAGACAAAUCCAGCAGAGAGCAGACGCCCAAGGCCAGUCAGAGUUCGUUGUGUCUGAAGUCUCACCUCAGAAGAGCACACACCCAUCUGCAGACUUACUGACGUGUCAGAUAUUACCAGUUGGUGAGGCGUUGCCGGGCGACGAGGCGUUGCCGGGUGAUGAUGCGUUGCGGGUGACGGUGUGUUGCCGGGCGACGAUGCGUUGCCGGGUGACGUUGUGUUGCCGGGUGAUGAUGUGUUGCCGGGUGAUGAUGCGUUGCCGGGUGAUGAUGCGUUGCCGGGCGAUGAGGUGUUGCCGGGCGAUGGUGUGUUGCCGGGCGAUGAGGUGUUGCCUGGGUGGCGACGGGGCAUUGCCGGGUGGUGACGGUGUGUUGCCGGGCGACGAGGCGUGGCAGGUGGAGGAGAUCCUGCGUCUGGAGCGGGAGAUGGAGCGACUGCGGCGGCGGAAGGAGCAGACGGAGCGCAGCCUGGGGGCGGAGUCUCUGCAGCGGCUGCAACGCAUGCGUGACCUGCAGCUGCAGCGCUUGGAGACGCAGGCCAGCCGCGCCGCGCAGCACUUCCUGCACGCGCUCAACUUCCACGAGAUCGACGAGUGUGUGCGCAGCAUCGAGAGCACCCUGCCCGAAAUGCACAGCACACACACGACGCAGGCCUGUGCUAGCACGACCUCACACAACACACUCUCACACAGCACACACUCACACAACACACACUCACACAGCACACACUCACACAGCACACACACGCAGGCCUGUGCUAGCACACACUCACACAACACACUCGCUCGCUCGCACACCCCAGGCCGAGAGGAAGAAGAUGUGGAUGAAGGCCUUGGCGCGGAUGACUCACCGAACCCCAGUGAGAUCGGCCAAUCAGACGGCCCGCGGACUAGCGUCAUUCGCAGCGGAGACGAGUCGUCGUCGGAGGAGGAGGAGGUGUAUGCUAAUGAGCGCAUGGCCCCGCCCACGCAGCCACACAGCACCAAUCCCAGCCUUCCCUCCAGCAGCAUUGGCUCCACCCACUGCCCUGUGGAGCUUAUACCUCCAGAUGAAGACUCUGAGGAUGAAGAUGUUGCUAUGACAACAAGGGAGUCUGUUUCUCGUGGCAACCGAUGGCCAUCCCAGCAGCGGGACUCCAUAGCAACCAGCUCCAGCUCAGGGGCGCAGUACUACAGUUCAGAGGCAUCGGUGGAGGAGAGUGAUGAUGACUUCGACAGGUGUGACUCGGAUGCCGAUUCUUUGGGGCGAAGAGAUUCUGUCUACAGCUGCGUUACACACCCUUACUUUCACAGCUUUCUUUACAUGAGAGGCGGUGUGUUGGGCGUGUGGCGUCGGCGCUGGUGUGUGUUGCGUGACGAGACGCUGCUCUGGUUCCGAGCGCGGCAGGAGGCACUGAAGCAGGGCUGGAUCAGGAAGAAGGGCGGCGGCUCGUCCACGCUCUCCCGCCGCAACUGGAAGCGCCGCUGGUUCGUCCUGCGCCAGAACAGCCUGCUGUACUACACCAGCGAUACUGAACACAACCUCAAGGGGGCGCUAGACAUGCGCUCCGCCAGAGAGGUGUUUGAGUGUCCAGACAGGGUCAAUGGGAUUGAUGUUGUGAUGCCCGACCGCACCUACCAUCUGACCUUGGAGUCUGCAGAAGAUGCCAGCCACUGGUUCAGUAUGCUGAGUCAAGUCCACAGCUCCACGGAGCAGGAGAUCAGCGAGAUGAAUGCUGAGCAGGCCAACCCUCAGAACGCAGUGGGAUCUCUGGAUGUCGGGAUGAUUGACUCCGUCUGUGCAUGUGACACUCCAGAGAGGCCGUUCUCGUUCAUGCUGCAGUUCUCCCAGCGGCUGCUGGAGUGUCGCGCCGACAGCGCCGAGGAGAUGCACCACUGGAUCGCCCUCUUGCAGCGGAGUAAAGGAGACGUUAGAGUACAGGGACAGGAGUUUCUCAUGAGAGGUUGGCUGUAUAAGGAGUGGUCAGGGGGCGUGGCCAAGCAACUUCGUCGUCGUUGGUUUGUGUUGACCCACGCCUCCCUGGAUGAAUAUGGCAGCAGCCAAUCAAACGCCCCGAAACGCUCUUCACUGCUGCUAACCAGCCUGUGCACCAUCACGCACACACACACUCCAACAGGUGACUGGACAGUGGCUCUAUACGGCCGCAGACAAGAGUGUGUUCUCGUCUUUAAACUCCAGAGCGAGGCUCAGAGGUGGGCGGCGGCCAUCCAGAACGUCAUCGUCAACAAACCUCCUGUAGACACGCCCACUCAGCAGCUCUUACAGAGCAUCAAGGAGAACAGUCUGAACUCAGAGCUGGUGGAGCAGAUCUUCCUCAGGAACCCGUUACUGCGCCACAGCAAACACCCCUUACACACACCGCUACUGGCCCUGCCCUACGGACCAGUGGAGGGGCGUGGUCAUGGGCGUGGUCAGAGGCGGGGCUCACUGCACUCUGAAGCUCUGAAGAUGUUUGAUACGCUCCUGCACCUGGAGGGCGUGGCCAACCCUGUGCCAGUGAUCCAGGGUUUGCUGCAGACUGCCUGGGAGCUCCGCCCCCUGAGGGAGGAGCUUAUAUGCCAGCUGCUCAAGCAGACCAGUGGAGACUCCGCCCACAUCAGCAACUGGCGAAUCAUGGCGUGUGUCUGCAGCCUCUUCAGCCCCGCCUCCCGCUCCCUCCUGGCACAACUCAAAUUCCAUCUGAGGAGGUGA